AUGCGUCAGUGUCUCCUGUUGCUUUCCCGUUCCGCUUGGAAAGGCCCUCACAUUGUUCCUCUUCCAAUUAAAGAAGCCAUGGCUAAAGGAACCGCAAUUAGGACAAAUGCUAGAUCUGCAACCGUAUUACCACAAUUUGUUGGCUUAAAGUUCCAAGUUCACAACGGGAAAGAAUAUGUAGCUUUUGAAGUUGAAGAAGAUAUGGUAGGGAAGAAGCUUGGAGAGUUCGUUCCAACACGGAAGAGAUUUAGUUAUACGCAAACCAAGAACAAAUGA